UGUCGACAAAGUGUAAAGCAGUCAGUGAGUUGCACCAGAUUCCAGCAUUUGCAGCCACUUUCUUUCUCCAGCUGUCACUGACUUUUUGGCGGCUUCAGAUUCAGUUCUAAUCCACGUUAAUCGAUCUAACUAUUUAUUCCACUUCUCCUUUUGCGGAUGCUACCUGGCCUGCCAGUUAUUUCCAAUCGACUGGAACUACAACUCCCAAGAUGCGGCGGCCGGCCGGCUGGUUGCUAGGAGCCCGCGCGUCGGGUUAACGAGCCCAAGAACGAAGAUCGGAAGAUCGGAAAUUAAGACUGAAGUGUGAUGCCGACAAACUCUGCUUUCACUUUGCAAGAUACGAGAGCAGGUGGCCGCUCCAUUUUUUGCGGCAAGAGGCGGGGCCCGGUCAAUCGGCGGCGAUGCGGCAGCCGGAAGUGUGGCGGCUGCAGCUUUGUGUGUGGUAGCGGCAGCUGGAUGAAAACAUCGUGAACAUGUCCUCGGAGGAGUUCGAGAAGAUGCAUGAGGCGUACAUAGGGGUUUAUGAGGAGUUGAGGAGCCAGUACGAACAAGUGACCGGGUGCUCAGGAGAACUGAAGAAAAGAUUUCUACGGGAGAUAGAUGAAAAAGCUGAAGAAGCAAAUGAAAUAUUGGAUGGAAUGGAGAAGGAAAUAAGGAAUGCACCAUUAUCAUAUCGUAACCAGAUGAAUAUCAAAAUCCGAUCGUACAGAAAAGAGGUCAGCAAGUUACAGCGGGAUGCAAGAAAUAGUGAUUCUGGGUAUGGAGCACGUAGUGACUUCAAGUAUGCAGUGUACAGGGCUGAAAAUGAACAAAGUAAUCACUUAGCCUCUCAGCGUGCUUUGCUGUUGCAAGGUUCAGACAGCCUCAACAGAGCCAGCCAGAGCCUAGACCGUUCACAUCAAAUAGCGGCAGAGACGGAUCAGAUAGGUUCAGAAAUAAUUGAAGAACUGGGAGAGCAAAGAGAACAGCUGGAACGUUCAAAAGACAGGCUAAUUAACACAGGUGAGAAUUUAAGCCGGAGUCGGAAAAUACUUCGCGCCAUGUCCAGAAGAAUUAUGACAAACAAACUGCUACUGGGUAUUAUUAUUCUUCUGGAAGUGGCAAUCCUUGGAACCGUUGUAUACCUCAAGUUCUUUCGCAAGCACUGACGCAAAUUGUGCAUGCGUAGAUAGGCUGCAAUGCUUGAG